AUGACAUCCCAGCAGAAAGUCCUCUCUCUUCCCGCUGCCAAGGCACCAUUCAAAGUCUCGACGGCGCCAAUUCCGACGCCAGGACAAGGAAAAGUUCUGAUCAAGAUCCAUGCCGUCGCUCUCAAUCCUGCAGACUGGAAGAUACAAGCCUUUGACCCUUUCCCCAUACAGUACCCGGUGAUACUCGGUGUGGACUUAGCAGGCACUGUUGAGGAGCUUGGAGAGGGUGUGACAAACUUAAAGCUAGGUGACCGAAUCAUCGCUGAAGCAAUCUUUCUUGGUUCAGAAUCGAGCUCAGCAUUCCAACAAUAUGCACUCGCCACUGCCAAACUUACAGCAAAGAUCCCCAAUUCGCUCUCCUUCGAAGCCGCAGCAUCGAUUCCCCUUGGUCUGGCGACUGCAGCGGUGGGACUCUACAGUAGGAUUGGAGGUGCUGGAUUGUUCCCACCAUGGGAAGAGGGUGGGCGCGGUCUUUACCGCGGAAAGCCAUUCAUGGUAUUCGGAGGAGCCAGUUCAGUUGGCCAAUUUGCUAUCCAGCUGGCCAAGUUGUCAGGAUUCGGUCCUAUCAUCACCACUGCAUCUACUCACAAUACAGAAUGGCUCCUCGGCAUCGGCGCGACGUACGUCAUCGAUCGUAAACAUUCUCCGGAAGCUAUUCACGCAGAGGUUGCCAAGGCCACCUCGGAGCCCGUUGAGAUCAUCUACGACGCGAUCUCAGAGUCGGAGACGCAGAACAACGCAUACGAUGUCCUCGCGCUCGGAGGGUGCCUUGUGGUUGACGGCCGUCCGGCAAUAGACGAGGCAAAACAGACUGGUGACAAGACCAUCGUGCACGUAUUCGGGGAUAUAAAUGUGCCCAGGAAUCACGUCCUGGGCGUCGGUUUGAUGUCCAAACUAACCACUUUUCUUGAGGAGGGCACGAUCAAACCAAACCGCAUAGAAGUGUUACCAAACGGACUAGAGGGCAUAAUUGGCGGCCUCGAGAAACUGAGCAAGGGCAUUCUGAUCAAAAUCCAUGCGGCGGCACUGAAUCCGGUUGAUUGGAAAAUCCAAGUGUAUGGCAUUCUUGUCGACAAGUAUCCAGCAAUCCUGGGGAACGACAUUGCUGGUACUAUUGAGGAACUUGGAGAUCAUGUGUCAGAUUUCAGAAAGGGAGACAGAGGUAUUAUCAAUGUGAAUGAGCACGGUGGUUUCCAGCAUUACGCACUCGGCUUCGCUGACACGUCGGCCAUCAUCCCAGAUAAUAUCUCCAUGGAGGAAGCAGCGACAAUACCUCUUGCACUUGCCACAGCGGCCACAGGACUAUUCAACCCGAAGUUUAGGAGCGCCAGCGCCGGAUUAUAUCCCCCAUGGGAAGAUGGAGGUCGUGGACGAUACAAGGGAAAACCAUUCCUCGUAUUUGUGAUACAACUGGCGUACCUGGCAGGCUUUUAUCCUAUCAUUGCCACUGCCUCUCCGCACAAUGCUGACUACCUCCUCGACCUGGGGGCCACAAAUAUCGUUGACCGGAGCCUCUCUGCAAGUGCUACGCGCGCGCAAAUCGCCAGGAUAACCUCGAAUCCGAUUGCAACCAUAUAUGACGCAGUGUCAAUUCCAGGGACGCAGAACUUGGCAUACGACAUGCUGGCUGGGGGUGGCUGCCUAGUGUUGGUGCAAGCAGAUGUGAUUGAUGGGAAGAAGAAGACUUCUGGGAAACGAGUGGUGGUAGCGUUCGGAAGCACACAUGAACCGGAGGCAAAUCGGGCUCUAGGGGUCGACCUCUAUAGCACCCUGACCAAACUCCUCAGGGACGGCGAGAUCUUGCCAAACCGAGUGGAAGUGCUGCCCAAUGGACUGUUCGGGAUCAUCGACGGGUUGAAACGACUGAGGAAUGGAGUUAGUAACGUCAAGCUAGUUGCACGCCCUUGA